AUGAAGCUCCUUCACUUGAUCUUCCUCGGCUUUGUGGCCGGUACAUACGCUGCCGCCAUCGGAGACUUCAACAACUCAACCGAACAUCUUGAAACCAACAAUGCCGAAGCCGACGUGAAUGACUGGCACUACGAGAAGGUAGUUGCUGGGGAAUUCACAUUCACCAAGAGACGCAGUCCGACCUUGGAGGCCAGAUUUGUACGUUAUUACGACAUAGUCCCGCCCAGUUACUGA